UUCAAAUGCAUUUCUUGGUAGUGAGAUAGCAAAUUGAGACCAAUUUGUGACGGAAGUGAGAUAUGCCGAGUGGGGGUGCAGUAAUAGGCAUGUGGGGUGAGGCUAGACGCCAAGAGAAAAUGAUCCGAGGGGCUAUGGUGGACCUAAGGAAGAGGGCAGAACGACGUAGCCAGUACUACGAGCGUAUCAAACUAGACCCCGCCCAGUUCCUCAGAGUGCAUGGGCGCAAGAUCCGGAUGAAGUUGGAUACAGUAGAGGCGGAGAGGGCAGAGGGUCACUGUGUGAUGCAGCCAUGGCAGGGAGACUCCUCCGUCACAAUAGACAGAUUCGACGCCAGAACGUUUCUGGACUCUGUUCCGGAAGUGGUGAAACGAGAUUCGAUUUCGGACUCUUCCUCCUCGUCGGACUAUGACUCAACUUCGGACCGGGAGGACACGACUGGGGCUAAGCUGGCUUCGGUCAGCGAGAGAAAAGUUAAGCAGAGGUGCAACUAUGAGAGAUACAGGACCCUGGUGCAGAACGACUACCUUGGAGUGGAAGAGGGGCCCUGUCUCAGACAGAUCGCCCUCGAAGAAGAGGGGGGAGGUACAAGGGGAACUUCGGUGGUGUCUAAAGAGUCACAACUGACUACUGGAGGUGGCAGCACGAGUGAUAAAAUAGGCAAAGCAGGUGGUCCAUCCAAUUCUGCCACCAGCAAAGCUGCUAUUGGCUACAACUACGAGAAGAAUGCCGGAAUCCUUUUGACAAAACACUCGUUCUCUUACGACGACUCAGAUGCCAGUAGUGACAGUGACGACAGCAGCUUCGACGAAAUCGACCUUGAAGUGACCCUUGAUGUGGACAAAAUAGACUCAGACCAGAAACGACUUCUAACUACCUACUCUAUGGCAUAUGGACUGAAGAAGAAUAUCUUUUUGAGGUAUCUGGCGAAAGACAAAAAUGAACAGGAGAGUCUGAGAUUGUCUAAAAUGCUGGAAGAUGAAAAGGCAAUGUACUCGGGUAGAAAAGGAAGGCACAAGAGACGAGAAUUCCACGACGAGAAAGUGCAGCUGCAUCGCAGAAUGAAUCCCAGAAUGGAACUGAGCUAUGUAACGAGAGAGAACAGAAAAGAGGUGGAAGAAAAGGUGAAAGAAAAGUCAGUAGAACGACAGAAAUCCAGGUCGACUUCUGAAUCGUCAACUGAGGAAGACACAGCUCCUAAGUAUAUAACAUCUUUCGACAUCAACAACGAACAGGAUGAGGAAUGUCCGCACGAGGAACUGAAAAUUGAAGUUAAAAGCUUAAAGAAAAGUAUGACUCCAGAGCGAUCUAAGAGUCGAGAUAAGAGACGAUCUAGAAGUCGACGUCGGGAUAGAGAACGUCGCUCGAGGUCUCGAUCUGACCAAAAAACUCGAAGGCGUACACCGAAAUCAUUUCGAGGGUCUAGGUCUCGGUCGCCACGGAGGAACUCACCUCGCAGACGAUCACGUCACUCUCGGCAAAGAUCAAGGUCGAGAUCGUAUCGCUCGAGACAUGAGCGAAGGUCAAGAUCCCGUGGAAGGUCCAGAAAUAGAGGUGCCAGAUCACGCUCGAGAUCUAGAUCGAAAGACAGAGCCGAAAAACGUUCAAAGUAUUCUGGAUCCACCAAAAACAAAGAAAAAUUGAGUUCAAUAUUAUCCAAAACGCGCAAUCGGAGAUCCAGGUCGUCAUCCGAUAGCUCUCUCGAUAAACAUCAGAGACCAAAGUUGGAUCUAAGUGCAAUUCAAGCAAAAUGCUCAAACAGCAAAACUGCCAAUAAUGAAACUGCUAGUAAAAACGGUAGCGGAGUGAUCAAACGGUACCGAAGAAAGUCUCUUUCCUCUAAUUCAGAUCUCGAAGAGUCGCCUCCUCGAACAAACCUUGCAUUUUCGAAGCCUCCAUUACCUCCUAUUAGGAGACCAUCUGAACUUGACCAGAAUUUUAAUGGGUCGAAUAGCAGCCUGGACGGUAGUUUUAAUGAGUCCAAAUAUAAAACGAAGACAGCUCCAACUAGCUCGAAAGGUAACGAGAGUUCUUCGACUAAACUGAGUGCAGUGGAGCGGAUGAAGAAACUGAUGGAGCGGCAGUUAAACAAACAGAUCAAGGAGGACAAGCAAUCACGUGCUCUGAAGGAAGAGAGGAAGUUCCAGCAGAAGAUGGAGUGGGAGGAGCACCAGAAACACAUGAGUGACAGGUGGUCAAACAGCGGGAAGAGGCGAGACCUUGACAAAAGAAGUCGAUCAUCCUCAAAAGAUUCGGCAGAGCCUGAAUGGAAAAGAAAAGAAGACACUAAAAAGAAAUCAAGAAGUAAAAGUGAAACUUCUUCGGAUUCCGAUUAAAAACUAUUUUAGCUACCGUUCAAAGUUGUUUAUUUUAUUGUCCAAUGAAUUAAUUGCUUUUUUGGGA